AAUAAUAAAAAGUACAAACGAUUCAAAAGCAUAGGAACAAUCGAGUCUCCAAAGUUUGUUUUGGUCGAUCGGCGAUCUAUUUCCGUCACAUUCGGAGACACGGCUUUUCUUUUCUGUCAUUUUCUCUCCAGCCAAACACACACACACACUCUCUCUCUCUCUCUCUCUCAUCAAUUCCUGUUCCCUUCAUUCAUUCAACCACUGGUACAAGAAAGCAAGCAGGACAGGAAGAGAGCGAGAAAAUAAAACAAGCUUCCCCGGAAAAAAAAAAGAAAAAGAGGAGAGCGUUUCACGGUUGUGUUUGGUGGGUGAAUGAACCUUCUUUAAUUUCAUCUCCUUUUCCCUCGUGAAUUCUCAACUCUCCUGUCCCCUCUCUCAAUAAAUUUUCUCUCUUUAAAGGUUUUGAUUUGAUUCAUUGAUUUGAUUUUUUGUUUUGAAUCAGUUUUGGAGGAUUUGGAUUUUUCAGAUUAUGAUUGUGCUAGGUUUUUGUUUGUUUGUUUGUUCGGGAUGAAAUUCAUUAGUUUUCGUUGAUCAAUGUGAUGAGAAUUUGCUGAUUGUCGGUGUUUGGGAAUGAAGCGGCGAUGAGGUGUGAAGGAGAGAGAUGGAGGGUAGAUCUGAGGGUGUACAGUUGAGGUCUGAUAAGAUUCCGGCGCCGGUGCCGGCGCCGGCGAUCCAGAGGACUCGGUUACAGGUGUGGUUCAUCAGGGUUUGUUCCAGCAUUUUGAUAUGGACCUGUUUUGUUCAGCUUGUGGCGGUGAGCGAGCUAUGGCAGCCACGAUUGUUGGCUGGGUUAUCGAACCGGCUAAUCGGGUUCACUAAAGUAUCGUUCCAGGUCGAAGAGGUUCCGUUGUCUCCUCCUCUUCUUCCACCAAGGAACUACACAAGUAAUGGUUUCCUAAAAGUGUCUUGCAAUGGAGGCUUGAAUCAAAUGCGUGCUGCGAUCUGUGAUAUGGUGACAGUUGCUCGUCUUUUGAAUCUUACUUUGGUUGUUCCAGAGCUUGAUAAGACGUCCUUUUGGGCUGAUCCUAGUGAUUUUGAGGAUAUUUUUGAUGUGAAACACUUCAUUGAUUCACUAAGAGAUGAGGUUAGAAUUGUCAGGAGGUUGCCAAAGAGGUUUAAUAGGAAAUAUGGAUACCAACCUUUUGAGAUGCCUCCUGUUAGCUGGUCAAAUGAAAAAUAUUACUUAAAACAGAUUUUGCCCCUUUUUGACAAGUAUAAGGUGAUACACUUCAACAGAACAGACACUCGUUUGGCAAACAAUGGCAUUCCUCUCUAUCUUCAGAAACUCAGGUGCCGUGUCAAUUUCCAGGCACUGAAAUUCACUCCUGAGAUUGAGGCUUUGGGAUACAAAUUGGUUCGAAUUCUUCAAGGAAAGGGACCCUUUUUAGCAUUGCAUCUAAGAUAUGAGAUGGACAUGUUGGCUUUCUCGGGUUGUACCCAUGGCUGCUCCAAGGAGGAAGCUGAGGAGCUGAAACGGUUGAGGUAUGCAUUCCCUUGGUGGAGAGAGAAAGAGAUAGUGUCUGAAGAGAAGAGAUCACAAGGUCUGUGUCCACUUACCCCAGAGGAGGCAGCAUUAGUUUUACAAGCAUUGGGUUUUGAUAAGGAUACACAAAUAUAUAUUGCAUCUGGGGAGAUUUAUGGUGGUUGGAGGAGACUUGCGGCAUUAAGAACUGCAUUUCCACAGAUUGUGAAAAAGGAAAUGCUGCUGGAUCCAGAAGAACUGCGGCAAUUCCAGAAUCAUUCAUCUCAAAUGGCAGCCUUGGAUUUCAUGGUUUCAAUUGCCAGUAACAUUUUUGUCCCAACUUACGAUGGGAACAUGGCAAGAUUAGUGGAAGGUCACCGCAGGUAUCUCGGGUUUAAAAACACCACCCAACUUGAUCGAAGAAAGCUUGUAGAGUUGUUGGAUUUGCAUCAGAAUGGGACGCUAUUGUGGGAUGAGUUCUCAGUUCGUGUUCGGCUGGCACAUGAAAAAAAAAUGGGUCAGCCAACUCGUCGUAUUGUUAUUGCAGACAAGCCCAAGGAAGAAGAUUAUUUCUAUGCGAAUCCUCAAGAGUGCCUUUGUGAGAGAACAAGUUGUGAUGACUUGUUACUCUCUGGCAAUUCGACUACAAUCCAGUGAGGUAUGCCAUAAAAUCUAAAUGCUCCUUCAUUUUGGGUGCCCUGUUGGUAGCCCAUUGCAGAGAUAUUCUGGUGAACCAACCAGCGCUUGAAAUGACUGUAUGCUCGUUCCUAACGGGUUAUCUAACCUGGAGUUCAUUCGGGUGUCUAAAGAAUUGUUUUUGUAUCCGAUGAGCUUCUUGGUAAGAAACGGCGGCAAAGAAAUUUGAAAGUUCUCCUUUUGGGCACAUUUAGAGAUGUAUUCAUCAUUCCUUUGUUCAUAUGUUAUUUUUUACUUUAUUCUCUUGGUUGACUUGACCAGUGCUGUUACAUAAUUUCCCACAGUUAAAAGGAUGUUGCAGCAUUGUAUUUAUUUUUCAGAAGCUCUCAAAUGCAAUACUAUUGAUGUGUUAUUGUUUGAAGGAACGCUUUUUUAAGGUGCCUUUACAACGAUUAUAACAUGAAUAGUUGGCCCUUCUUUUUCGAA